AAUGCUUGGCACAGCUCUACACUGACACUUACCCGGCACUGCCAGCCCCUUGCCUGUCUGACUGUGCGGCCUUCUCCUGCUGAAAGCUCUUGCUCCACAAGGGUCCCACUCCAAGCCUUAUCUCGCAGACCGGUGGUGAGUGAGCAGCAGUGGCGGCGAUGGAGACGGCGGACAGUCAGCGGGCUGAAGCGGAGAACGCGGGCGGGGUAGUCGCACCCCUGGAUGAACCGGUGGCGAAAGAUUCCUCCCCUGUCUCAGAUGAACCUGUUUCAGAUGCAUCGGAACCGAAGACAUCACCAUCGUCUGAGGGUUCUGUGGAGCUGCCGUCUGAUCAAGCUGCUGCAGCUCCAGUGCCUGUCACAGGUGAGGAAGGAGCCAAACCUCAGGCAGCUUCCGCCAAGGGCAAGAUGCAGCCUCAUGAUGCCGUGCCAGAGGCCAGCAGGAGUCGACUGCCAGCAGCGCGAGGAUCAAAGACCACAGCCAGACCUCCAGCCACUCAGAAAGAAUCUGGUCAGUCACCGGAUCGCCGACGGGCAGCAGGGGACUCUCCAGCCAAGCCGGGUGGUGGUGGGAGUGGAUGCAGCAGCCCAGGAGCUCCCGGGACCCCAAGCAGCCGCUCACGUACUCCCUCACAGCCAUCCUCUGGCUCAGCUAAGGAAGUAAAGAAGGUGGCUGUUGUACGUACUCCCCCAAAGUCCCCGGCUGCUGCCAAGGCACGUCUGGCUACUGUUCCUGCACCAAUGCCGGACCUGAAAAACGUCAAGUCAAAGAUUGGAUCUACAGAUAAUAUUAAACACACCCCUGGUGGGGGCAAGGUACAAAUCGUACACAAGAAGGAAGAUUACAGCGCUGUGCAGUCAAAGUGUGGUUCCAAAGACAAGAUCAAACAUGUUCCCGGAGGUGGAAAUGUACAAAUCACGAACAAGAAACUCGAUCUGAGUCAUGUGUCGUCAAAAUGUGGAUCAAAGGAUAAUAUCCAUCACAAGCCAGGUGGUGGCAACGUGGAGAUCAAGUCACAGAAAGUGGACUUCAAAGAGAAAGCCCAGUCCAAGAUCGGAUCGAUGGACAACAUCAGCCACACGCCAGGAGGUGGCACCAAGAAGAUUGAAUCUCACAAACUGACUUUCCGUGAGUCAGCUAAAGCUCGUACAGAUCAUGGCGCAGAAAUUGUCUACAAAUCCCCAACCCCCUCCAAUGAGGGCUCUCCCUGCCGACUCAGCAACGUGUCCUCCACUGGCAGCAUCAACAUGGAAUCUCCACAGCUCGCCACGCUCGCUGACCAGGUCUCUGCCUCAUUGGCCAAGCAGGGGUUGUGACUGUCGGUUUAAAGCAAGUUUGAAGUGUGCAACUGUCUAAACCGAGUUUGUGUCUGAUCUUUCAUACACUGCCUCUGGAUUUGCUUGCAUAUCUGACCAGUUACAGACAGUGGUGCUUUGUUGUCUUUUGUGUGUUAAUUCCUGAUCUGCAUUCUUUAGGCUUUUUGAGAAGUCUGGGACUUUAGAAGUAGCAUGUCCCUUUAUUUAGAGAUUAGUGGUUAAAGUACAGAAAUGGCUGAAAUGUUCUGACUGGUACAAAAAAAUUUUGAAACUUUUUCCAAGUGAAAUGGUGGCCUUUAUCUCAAGGGGCCUGAAACCCAGCAGUAGGAGCUCCUGGAAGUUGCACAAACCUCUGGUUUCGAGCCUGUCUUCUGUUCUAACGCUGCGCUCAGUGGGGCUGGAAGGGCUCCAGAAGGCUGAAGCGUUUGCUCAUCAGAAUGGUAUUGAAGGUAAAGUGGUUGAAUUGUGAGAACAGCUCAUAGAGGCAAAGCUUGUACUCCCUACACUGUAGAAGAUUAGGUGAUCUGACUGAAAUAUUUUUAAGGUGAUGGAAGGAAUAGAGCAAUGGGGUAGGGUACUGGAAUGAGAGCCAGGCUGUUCAGAGGUGGUGUCAGGAAACACUUCCACACACAGGAAGCCUGCAAACCCCUGGGAAGCUGCACCGGGAGAGCGAGGGAAGGGCAAGCAAAGGGGAACUGACUACCUGAAAUCCUCCACUUGACCUGCUGACUUGAGUGCUAACCCCAUAGGCUUCUGCAUUGUCAGUGUACCCACCCCGUGGGGAUCUGCUGAAGUGGGUCUCCUGGGGGUUAUUCUGACUUGGAUUAGGGAAUGGUGUAGAGCUAAAAGGGAGGUUGCUGCCUGAGGUCUCAGCUCCCAUCACUGGUCCCAGGGAGGAACCUGAGCCCCACUUCAUGCUGGUCCCUCCAUGCUCCAGUGGCACAGUUGGCGUUUCACCAUUUAUAGCCCUGGCGAAUUAGCUCAGUGUUUUACUUUGCCUAGUAUUUACAUGUUCUGUAAUGAGUACGAGAGUACACUUCCAGAUAGAGGUGAAACCCCAGAUCUGAUCUACAGAUCAGACCUCUCCUUGAAUCCCCAACAUAGGGAAUUACUUUAUCAAUUCCUUAAAUCGUCUUAAGCACCUCAAUGAAGUCACCACUUUAACAUCUAUACCACAGGAAUAUAGAUUUGUCAAUGCUCUAUUUAAACCAUUUUAGCUCCAUUACCAUUCUGAUAAAUGUGGAGAAGAUGUGGGAAAUAUCCUACUGCCUUUUCCACUGGAAGUAUAAGUUGCUUCUACAAAAUCUGAAGCAGAGGUUUAACAGGGACCCACAAAGUAGGCCCCAGAUUCAAUGACCCUCUCUUCCCCAGUGACCUUUCCUUAUCCUAGUCUGCCAUAGUAAUAUUUUUCCUGCCACUCUCCUGUCCUGCAGUGAUAGAAUUAUACUCUAUUUCAAAAUGUCCUGCUAAUAUAGGAUUGAUAUUGUGAUAAUGAGUAUGGAGACACAGUCAAGCUGGUGUUGCAGGAGGGUGCCAAAUCAUAGUUGAGGAGCAGGAGGAUCAGAGAGCGUAUAUACACACACAGCUUGUCUUAAUUUCAUUCCCUGUGAGGUCUAGAAUCCACGAGACUGUAGUUGGGUUGCUCCCAGGUCUGAACUUCCUUUGCUGCUGCCCUGGUGAAGCCCAACCAUCUCGUUGUUCAUGAAUGCCUUCACUCAUCUCUCUUGUUCAUUACAGUCCUGCUGCCAGUGACCUUAUCACUUAAUUUUGUUUGCUGUUUGGACCUGGUCCCCAAUGGUACCAUUGCCUUUGACCAUUGCUGUUGGUCAUAUUGCUGAUUCAGCUUGUUGAUUGAUCUUGCUGCCCAGUGAUAUUGUUAGUUUAUAACUGUGCUGUGUUCACACCAGCAUUGCUUCACUGGUCUGGACCCCAUUCCUGGAUUCCACUACCCAUGAUCUCAUUGAUUGCUUCCUGCCCAUUCAUCACACCACCCCUUGAUCACAUCUCCUUAUUCAUAUCAACCAUUUAUCAAUGCCCAUCGUUCUCACUGCCCAUGUACCAUCCUUGUGCUUCACUGGUGAUGACUGUCCAGCCACCUCACCAUUCUGAUCUUUACCUGUUGGUCUCCCUCUCUUGCCGCAAAUUGACCUCUGUCCAUUGAUCUUGUCCCUCAGUAUUGUUGCCCUUUGGUCUUGCUGCCUAUUGGCUUUGCUGCACAAUUAGGGGGAUGUCAGACUGCAGGUGCUGGAAUCUGGAACGAGAGACAAUGAGUUGGGAGAACUCAGCUGGCCCAGCUGCAACUUUGGGUUGGGGUGGUGGGGAUGAGAAAAUCCUGAUGCAGUCCAUUGAUGUCAUUGACCUCUCCGAUUACAAUGUUUCAAAGGCAUUUAGAUAGGUUUUUAGAUAAGAACUGUUUAGAAGGAUACAAGCAAAUGGGACAACCUCAGAUAGACACCUUGGUUGGCAUGAUGAGUUUCCAUGUUGUAUAACUGACUGUUGACUGAUCUAAUGUAGCUUCAUCAAGCACAUUAUCCUUCAAUUUCAGUUCUACCUGGCCUUUGUUUCCACUGGGCACGCUACCAUCGUUCUCACGAUGCGAUGCGCUGCACUUAUUUUUCCCAGGGUUGAAAUGUCUAAUGCCGGAUGGCGUGCAUUUAAGACAAGAGGGAGUAAUUUCAAAGGAGAUGUGAGGAGCAAGUUGUUUUUUUCAUAUACAGAGAAUAGUGGGUGCCUGGAAUGUGAGCCUUGGGUGGCAUUAAAGGUGGGUACAUUAGGGAUUUUUAAGAGAUAUUUAGAUAGGCACAUGAAUGUGAGGAAAAUGGAAAGAUGAAGACAUUGUGUAGGCACAAAGAGAUUAGUCUGACUGUCUUCUUCAGUCUAUCUGUUGAUCUCACUGUUCCUCUCAAUCCCUGCCCACCCCCCCCCCGCCCCAUUAAUCUCUUCUAUUUAUAUCCCUGUGUUCAGCUGGCCUCACUGGUUUUUCACGAUCGGAGCACUAUAACAGACCUUUCUUCGCCCUGUAACUUACAGUCUUCUCUGCAAUGUAAAACAUAUCUGUUUUCAGGAACCUUUCCAAGUUCUUGUGAGAGGUGUCUCCCUGAACUGUUAGCUCUGGUUCUUUCUCUACUGGAGCUGCUGAGAAUUUUAGACAGACAAAGAAACAAAGCCUCCAGGAUGACGAGAGAGGGUAAAAUUGUUCUGCCUCCAAUAUUCGAUGAAAGAGUUCCAAAGACUCUUGGUCCUCGGAGAAAAUUUUGCCUCAUUUAUUAGAGGUGAGCAACCUUUUAUUGUUAAAGUAUUUUUAAGAGUGAAACAAUGAUCAUCUCACAAGAGAAGGCCUCUGUAUUCACCUUGUCAUCCCCUCUCACUCUGAGUCUAGCAAACACCAGCCUGGAUAGUUCAGUCUACCCUGUGAGACAACAGCCCAUACACUGAGCCUCCUCUGAACUGCUCCUGGACAUAGCACUGCUGAUGUGGUCCAGUCACUGCCCUUUAUAACUGAUGCAGAACCUCUCUGCCUUGGAUUUCACUGCCCCUUGCAAUAAAUGACACCUUUGUUAGUUUUCCAAAUCACUUGCUGCAUCUGAAUCUUUGUAAAGGAUAUGCCCAGAUCUCUUGGCAACCCAGAGCUCUGACCACCUCCAGCGGGUCACCCCUCAGCCUCGGUUUUGGCUCAUCAAAUCCCUCGUUAUGAUCUCAAUACUCAUUGAUCCACAUUGCCUAAAAAUGCUCUAGCUCAUCAGUCGAGGGAUCCCUUUUCAUCUCUAACCAUUGAUUUCCUGGUCAUUUGCCAUCACUGUCCCCGACCCCCAAGGAGGAGACUCUUCCACCUCACAAAGUAGCUUAUUUUACUUUUGAAUCACACACAUUUAAAUUUAGACAAGUAAUUCUUGGCACACACUUGAUACUCAGAGGAUUUCUAACUUAUAAAAAUGUUCAAAUUACAAAAGAUUUAUAAACUACAAAGGAUUACAAAAUGCACAAAUUAAAAGAACGUACCAAUGAGUUGCAGAUGAACAAGUGUCCAUCACAAAUUCUGAAGCAUGAGGAAUAAAUUCUAGUUCUGCCUUCUGUCAUUCUCUUGUUAUUCCUAACAAUUGUCCUUCUAGUAAAGUUUAAUGGCAGUUGGGUGACCAACGUAAGAUGCAUUACCACCACCUACUGAGCUGGAGUGUGGAGCAAAGAGACAAGUAGUAUCCCCACUUUAAUUCCCGCUCAAAAAUAAAAACUCAAAUAAUAUCAAAAAGUCGAAUGCUUUUCAGAAAGUCAAGUACACAUUACAAUGGCUGUGAUAUCCUAACAAGCUUUCCAUGUUAAACUCUUUCUGUCCCAAAGAUCUCAAUUUAGCAAUUCGAUGUUUCCUUUGCACCCUCAUAGGAACUGCAUUUAAACAAUCUAUGCUGCACUGUUUCUUGACAAGUUCGCUCCCUAAAAAUACCCAUAUCAUGCAUAUUUAUUCUGAACAGUGUGGGCACAUAGCCAAGUGGUUAAGGCAUUGGACUAGUAACCUGAAGGUCGUGAGUUCGAGCCCCAGCCGAGGCAACGUGUUGUGUCCUUGAGCAAGGCACUUAAUCACACAUUGCUCUGCGAUGACACCGGUGCCAAGCUGUAUGGGUCCUAAUGCCCUUCCCUUGGACAACAUCGGUGUUGUGGAGAGGGGAGACUUGCAGCAUGGGCAACUGCUGGUCUUCCAUACGACCUUGCCCAGGCCUGUGCCCUGGAGAGUGAAGACUUUCCAAGCGCAGAUCCAUGGUCUCACAAGACUAAUGGAUGCCUUUAUUUUAAUUCUGAACAGGGAAUUAUUCAGCCUAGUAUGUCCAAUACAUAACUGUAAGUGUAACUUACUCUCUCCUUUUAUACCCACCUCCUAGUCGAGUUCCCACCAUCCUCUAAAUUUUAUAUAAAUCCUGUCCUUUCUUUUCCUUAUCCCAAAUUUGUUGCCACAGUGAUUGAAUAGACUUUUUAGUUAAGGAUUUCACCUCUCCCUUAUGCAAAGGCACCCUUAUGAAUUUAUAUCGCUGAUUUUAAGUGACUGCUUGGCAAGAAUGUCUGCCUUGUCGUUUCUUUCAACCCCAACCUGGGCAGGGUCCCAUAGAAAAUGUACACACAAGCCUGGGCACUGCUGUCUUAACAGAUGUCCACAGAAGAAUGUCUGGCCUACAAUCUGAAGUAUCUGUUUAAAUAAAUGUAAAGACCGAGAACAAAUCAGAGCACAAAGGCACGUAAUCAGGGUGUACUUCUUCGGCCCAUUCCAAGGCUAAAACGAUAGCAACCAUAUCAGACGUGAAUACUGUAAUAGUCUUGAUAAUCUUUUCUUAAUAGUCACCUGAAACUUUGGAGCAUUAGCAGAAACACCUGAAUGACAUUCCUAACAAUUCUAACUGCUUUUUAGUAUUUGUACUGUCUUACCUCUAAUUGACAUCCCCUGUGUCAAUUCCAUUCAUCAGGCCAGGAGAAUGCAAUGUUUAAUUUGGCCUAAGUGGGCUCCAUUAUUUCUCUUGAUACCUCAUUGUUCACGUGUUUACGACAAGAGGCUGAGCAAGGAAUAUUGGUUAGAAGUUUAACUUUGUCAAAAGCAACUUUUUGACCCUGGAAAGGUCAUGCUGCUGUGCCAGAAAGCUGAGGUUAGCAAUAAGCCUCUUUGUCCCUGUAAAGUGACUGUCCAUUACACAGUGAACAUUUAAUAGUCUCAAUUUGGAGUGCUCGUGUUCUUUGAUCUCAUGGUGUGCUGGUGUAUUUAUCCAGUGAUCUCGUCAUCCAUGCAUCCAUUGAAAGUGGCACCCAUUAGCCUGCUCUUUGAACCUGCCAUCUAUUGGUUCCAGUGUCAUUUGGUCUCGCUGUUCGUUGAUGUAACAGCCCACAGAUCGCAAUGUCCUUUGGUCAUACUUUCUGGACAUUAUCCUACAGAGACUUCUUUGUGUUAUGUACUUGAUCCACCAUCUUCAUUGAUGGUUAGAUCUCAUGUGUUCUUAGUCACAGUGACUUUAGACCUUUCUGUUUUGAUAUCACUGAACUAACUUAUUUACUUACAAUGAUAGACCAAUACCAUUCAGCCCAGUGUCCAGACCAACUCCCAGUAAUCCCAUCAGUCCCAUUCCAUAUUUCCCUGUGGCUUUGCACUUCUUUCUCUGUCAUGACCUCUACAAUUCUGCACUGCAGGGUGAUGGCAUUAGCCAUUUAAAAUAUCAACACAUCUUUGGGAUGUGGGAGGAACCGAGAAACCCACACAGCCAGAGGGAACGUGCAAAUGACCCAGAGUCAACCCCAGAGAUCGGGAUGGAAGUCAGGUCACUGGACCUGAGGUAGCAGCACUACCUGCCUCCCCCUAUUCCCAGGCAAUUAAAUUCACCAUUGCUGUCCAAUUUAUUUCUGUUGAUCAUCACCCAGUUAUUCUGCUGUACUUAGUUCUUAUUGCCUUUGAAUUACUCUGGCCACCCACAUGCCUCUCACUCACUCUCAAUCUACACUAAUGUCUGUUACUGCCCCUCUGUUCCCUUCUACUGAUCCCUGUCUGUUGAUGUCCAUAUCCUCUGAUCUCCAUCCACUGUCCAUGGCCUCUAUCUCCAUUGAUCUCAUUGUCCAUUGCUCAUAUGUUGGUACCACUGUCCACUGAUCUAACCUUCUGAUGCCCGCUGAUGUCACUCCCUCUUGCCCUUACCGCCCAUUCGCUGCACAGAGUGUGUUGACCUCAGUCUGUCUGAUUUCACUGUUCAUUGAUCUCACUGUCUCUGCAUCUCACUACCCGCUUCUGACUGACUGCUCGUUGUCCUGUCCAAUGACGUUGUGCAUUGAUCGCGCUGCUUUGCCCAACCAACCAAUCAACCCAUCUCUACCUUCCUGCAGUCAAGGGCUUUCCACCUCACUUCCAAACACCUGCCAAUUCAGUAACAUUUGUAAAUGUCUUUAUCAUUUACAUCUAAAUGAUUAACAGAGUCGGACAGCACAAAGGAGGCCCUUCAGCCCAUCAUCUCCAUGCUGACCACCAGUACCCAUAAAACAUAGGAGCAGAAUUUGGCCCAUUGAGCCUGCUUCACCAUUCCAUCAUGGCUGAUCCAUCUUCUUCCCAUCCCCAAUCUCCUUGUAUCCCUUCAUGCCCUCACUAAUCAAGAACCUAUCAACCUCUGCCUUAAAUAUACCCAAUGCCUUGGCCUCCACAGCUGCCUAUGGUAACAAAUUCCACGGAUUUACCACUCUCUGGCUAAAGAAAUUCCUCCUCAUCUCCAUUCUAUUCUGAGGUUGUCCUCUCUGGUACUAAACUCCCCCACUACAGGAAACUUCUCCAUAUCUACCCUAUCAAGGCCUUUUGCCAUUCGAUAGGUUUCAGUGAGAUCCCCCCUCAUUCUUUUCAAUUCCAGUGAGUGGAGGCCCAGAGCCAUCACACGCUCUUCAUAUGAGAAGCCUUUCAAUCCCAGAAUCAUUUAUUCUAAUUAACCCAUUUAUUCUAAUCCAAUUUGCCACACUUCUCUUCCUUGGUGAUUCAAGUGCUCACCUAGAGACUUAAAUGUUGUGAGAGUCUCUCCCUCCACCACUUCAAGCAUUCCAGAUUCCAAAUAUCUCUGUGUUAAGAAAAUUCUUCCUCAAGUUCCUCUACUACUUGACACUUCCGCCAUGGGGAGAAGUUCCCCACUAUCUACACCUAUAUGCCCUCAUUUCUGAGAGUUGCUGCACUCUCUGGGCCUGCCAUCACCCCAAGUUAGGCUUCAACUAAAUGAUCAGUCCCACCUGCAGUUAAUAUGAAACUCUCAGUGAAUUUGUCCCUGUGUCUGUGAGAUUGGUUCCUCAGGUGUGUGUCAGACACUGUGCCUUUGGUCUCUGCCUGCAAGAAACUGCAGUAAACGUCCUAUGUAUCCUUUCCUGGGAUGUGGGCAUCCUCCUCUGAGGAGGCGAUAGGCACACUGGACCUGCAUACUCAUAGAAGAAUGAGAGGUCAAAUAUACAAACUUCCCAAGCUCAACAAGGCUGAUGCACUGAAGAUGUUUGCUCUCAUUGAGGUGGGCAGAACCAGAAGGAGGUUGGCCAUUUAGGGCUGAGAUGGGAAGAAAUUUCUUCACUUGGGGUGUGGUGAAACUUUGGAAUUCUGUGCCCCUGAAGGCUCAGUGACUGAGGGAUGAAUAAUGUCAGGAUGUGGGAUCAAUGCAGGCAGGUACAGCAGUGAUUUCACUGAUGUAAUCAGCCAGUGGUGGCAUCUAUCCCUCAUUUUCCAAAGUCAGAAGCUCCAUCUGCCAGUAGAUUGUACAUCAGUGGAGUCAUGUUGGAUUGAUCACAUCAUACAACCUUUGUCAUUGAAUUGUCUGGUCUGUCUGAUAAUUUCUCAGCAGUCGAUAACUCUGGAUUAACUUGGGAGCUGAUGUCGGCUCUUUGCCUCACGCUAAGGAUGUACUGCAGACUGGGUCAGUUGGCAGUGGGUGAGACUGGGUGAAGUUGAGGGAAUGGCUGAGCUAGCUGUUCCCAACCAACAAAUCCUGUUCAGAUGUGGCAGGUGACAGAGAAACUAACCCAGUGAGUCUCACUGUGCACGUUGAGGGCAAGUGUUACUCAGGCCAACCCUCCUCUGGGGCAGUGACACACCGAUCAAAGGCGGGGUCAAGGCAUCCAAGGGGAGUUUGUGUUACAAAUGUCAGGUUCCAAAUUUCUUGAAAAGGGCUGAGAACUUGGAAAACUGAUCCCGUGAAGGACCUUCCUGCUUAUUCCCAUGCAGCUUUCUCUGGGACAAGUGCCAACGUGAAAGUGAUGUUGUGGUAGUGUACGUUGUUUCUUAACGCUUUCUCUUUAAGAUGUGAUGAGGUGGUAAUUUAAUCCCAAUGGCGGCAUCUUUGCUAAUGUUCAGUGGCUUUGCUUCUUGUCUGUGACUGCUCAACGCUGUAACUAUGAAUCAUUGGUUUAGAUUGAUAAUUGUGGCUGUAACAGUUUGGAAAUAAAGUCUGUG